UUACUAAUUCCUUAUGAUUGUAAACAAUAAAUAAAUGUGUAUUAUUAUCAAUGUGAUCUUGCAUUUUUACUACUAUUAUUGGAGGUACAAGGAAUAAAGGGACAUUUAUUUUUUAUUGAUUCUCAAAUGCUUAAUAUUUCGAUUAUAAGACUACUUUUAGGGUGUAAGUAAUCGUCAUUUUCUUUGAAGAGGCUAUUAAAGUUUUAGCCAUUUUAUGAUUUGACCUCAACUGUUCUGUGAUUUGUCCAUUAAAACGAUGGAUUUAUGAUUGGUUAUAGCUCUCAUACAAAAAGUAGUGAAAGAUAAUAAACUUUUUGUUUUUAUCUAUUUCGACCUUACGGGUUGCAAUUCAAGGAGGAAUGUUAAAAUUUAUUCUAAUUUUGUUAAUAUUUUCAUAUCAUUCUCUUACUGUGGCAACAGGAUUCGACAAAUGUGUACAAAUGUUGAUUGAUCUUCCCAACUGUAUAAUGGAAAAAUUCAGAGAUCAAACAAAAGAUAUCCAAGAUAAACUAAUGGAAUGUAAAGAAGAUGCAGAAUGUAAGAUACAAUAUAUCAUUUGUGUACAGUCAAAACUAGCUUCAUGUGAUGACGACGUUAUCAAAAAACCAGUUCAAGAACAAUUGAAGGCAUUCUUACAGUAAACUUGGUUUAUACAUAUUUUGUAUAACUGAUAUCAACAAAACAGACGAUCUAAUUGAGUAAUUUCUGCCAUAUUUUACCGAUAAUAUUUAUUUCUUUGUACACUCCCAGAAUACUUGUCAUACAUAAACUUCAUUUAACUAAAAGGUCAUGUAAUCUCUUUCAAGUAGAAUUUUGUGAUAUAUAUUUAAAUUCCUA